GCACCGCGCCUGCGGGGCCUGGGGCGGUGGAGGAUGAAGGACGAGGGCGGCCCCGCUCCCUUUCCUCAGCCCGCCCGUGAAGGAUCGGCAUCGGCAUCGGCCUCAGGCCCGCCGCUCCCUCUCAGCCCUCCCGUCAUGGCGACGCGCACCGCCCGCCGGUGGGCGGGGACUCGAGGGGAGAGGGGGGGGAGAGCGCGCUGUCGGCGGGCAGUCCGCCGUCGUCCCGGCGUGCCGCGCUGGCUGGAGCCGCUCUGGCGCGGUUGCCUCACCGUGCCUGCUGCGAGCGCCGGCGGUCGCGGCUCGGCGGGGAAGAUGGCGGCGGAGGCGGCGGAUUCGUGGGACGCCGACAGCUUCGAGGUGGUGGAGCCGGUGGCGAAGCGGCUGGUGCCGGGAGUGGCCGGAGACCGCUGGGCCGGCGAGGAUGAGGAGGACGACGUGAAGGAUAACUGGGAUGAUGAGGAGGAAGAGGAGGAAGUAAAGGAGACGGAGAUAAAACAAGAACCAAAAGUUUCAGAAAAAAAGAAAAUAGCAGAAAAAAUAAAAGAAAAAGAAAAGCUACAGAAGAAAAAGCAAGAGGAGCUUAAAAAAAGGUUAGAGGCACCAGAGGAACACAAAGAACUUACCCCAGAAGAACAGUUAGCAGACAAACUACGACUAAAGAAGUUACAAGAGGAGUCAGACCUUGAAUUAGCAAAAGAAACAUUUGGUGUAAAUAACACUUGUGGAAUAGAUGCCAUGAAUCCCUCUUCAAAAGAUGACUUUACGGAAUUUGGCAAACUACUAAAAGAGAAAAUCACACAGUAUGAAAAAUCAUUACAUUAUGCCAGUUUUUUGGAAGCAUUAGUUCGAGACGUAUGUAUCUCAUUGGAAAUUGAUGAUUUGAAAAAGAUCACAAAUACUUUGACAGUACUAUGCAGUGAAAAACAAAAACAAGAAAAGCAGAAUAAAGCCAAAAAGAAGAAAAAAGGUGUUGUGCCUGGAGGUGGUUUAAAGGCUACUAUGAAAGAUGACCUGGCUGAUUAUGGAGGAUACGAUGGAGAAUAUGUACAAGACUUUGAAGACUUCAUGUGACACUUAUCUCCCCUUCUAUUGUCUUUCUGUUGCCCAUAAUCCCUUAAACAUGUAGCACAACUUUUCUUCCUUUCAAUUCUGCCAAAUGCUACAAUCAAAAUUGCAGUAUCUCUGUGCUGGUGAUUUAACUCCUGACGGGUCCAUGCUAAAGCACUGGGCUUCCUGUUCUGUGGUCAGGGGUUAGAAUGAAGACAUUUAAAAGCUAUGUAAAUUGCAGUUAAAAAACCCAAAAUUCUGAUAAUGGUAACUGUUGCUAUUUGAUUUUAUAGUAACAGCCACUAAAUUGGAAAGAAAUUUCAACAAGGCAAAGUAUUAUUACCAGCACAGUUCAGUGACAUGGCCUUAACUGUACCUCCUUGAAUGACUUGUUUGAUGAACAAAAGCAGUUUGCAGCAAGGGCAUGGUGUGCACUUAGUAUUACAAUUGCUUUGUCUUAAGUUAGAGCUUGAGGUUUUCAGUAUAUUGUGAUGGGGAACUGCUGACUUCAGAGUGAGGAUACUGUACCUGGGAAUGCAUCACUUGAGAUAGAUACCCACUACGUCAAUGCUUGACAUCUGAACAGAACACUUGGUGGGUCAGAACAAGGACAGAGUUGCUUAUUUGAAAAAAACAACUUGUGUCUUGAGUAUGAAGUUUAGUUUCCAUUCAUCUAAAUUUCUACUAAUGCAGCUGUAUGGGUUGGGUAUUCUUUAACUGUUAAUUGCCUGGUUUAAGUGUAAAAAACCAAGACUUCCUUUUGGGCUCUCAUGGGUUGUGGUAGACUUUUCACGACUCAGCCAUUUUCUUUCAUUUAAAAAAAAAAAAAACUUGCUUAGCAAACUGCAACAGUUACUACAGUUGGGCAAAUUGUUAUGUUAACAAUUAUGACAUCUGCAAUGUUUUAUAAAGCAACUAAUUUAAUAAAAAUCACUAUUGAGGACUUCA